UGCAUGGGAGUGUUCAUUGUGUUACAGGACAAGGAGAGGAGCACCCCAGGCCCCGCAAACCUGUCUGCUCUAAAUAGGCUCUGCCAUCCACUGCAUCAACACAAAACAUGUCUCUCACCAACAUCAGUUUCAGCACCAAAAGGCCCCCACUCCCUGAGGCUUUUCUACACCACGUUGGCCCGGCCCGGCCUCGGGGAGCCCCGCUACAUCGCCGUGGGCUACGUGGACGACACGCAGUUCGGGCGGUUCGACAGCGACUCUCUGGGCCAGAGCGCGGAGCCGCGGGCGCCCUGGGCGGGGCAGGCGGUGCAGGAGGAGCCAGAGGACUGGGACAAGGAGACGCGGCACCAAAGGGACAACACACGGUGGUCCCGAGCGCACCUGGACUCCCUGCGCGGCCUCUACAACCAGAGCGAGACCGGGACAGGGUCUCACACCCUCCAGGAGAUGUUUGGCUGCGACGUGGGGCCCGACGGGCGCCUCCUCAGUGGGUAUGUGCAGUUCGCCUACGAAGGCGCGGAUUACCUGGCCCUGAACGAGGACCUGCGCUCCUGGACCGCUGCGGACAUGGCUGCUCAGAUCACCCGGCGCCAGUGGGAGGCCCGGGGUGAGGCUGAGAAGAUCAGGAACUUUGUGGAGGGCAGGUGCCUGAGGUGGCUGCUCAGAUUCCUGGCGCACGGGAAGGAGACUCUGCAGCGCACGGAUCCCCCAAAGACACGCAUGACCCACCACCCCUCCAGUGACCAUGAGGUCAUCCUGAGGUGCUGGGCCCUGGACUUCUACCCUGCGGACAUCACCCUGACCUGGCAGCGAGAUGGGGAGGACCUGACCCAGGAGAUGGAGCUGGUGGAGACCAGGCCUGGGGGAGAUGGAACCUUCCAGAAGUGGGCGGCUGUGGUGGUGCCUUCUGGCGAGGAGCAGAGAUACACGUGUCACGUGCAGCAUGAAGGCCUGCUGGAGCCCCAAGUCCUGAGAUGGGUGCCCCCUCCUCAGUCCUCCAUCCCUACCACGGGCAUCUUUGCUGGCCUGGUUCUCCUUGGAGCUGUGCUCACUGGAACUGCGGUGGCUGCAGCUGUGAUGUGGAGGAAGAAACGCUCAGGAGGAAAAGGAGGAAGCUACACUCAGGCUGCAGGCAGCAGCAGUGCCCAGGGCUCUGAUGUAUCUCUCAGCCCCUAAGGAUCUUUUACAAUGAACCUGUUGAGUCUCCUGUUGUGCACACCCUGGACAGAAGGAUGAUGGUGUCACUGUUGUUCUUAACUGUGAUAUUGAGCAUUUGAUCAUAUUUUUACUUUUCUAUGACUAAAGUUGCUGUUUGUAAGGAAAUUUUGUACAUUUUUACAGAUGAGUUGCCAUUCAUUUAUUACACUAUUUUGUCCUUAUUAAAAUUGGGUUAUUUCUUUCUGAUCAUUGAGUUUUAGGCAUUAUUUGUAGAUACCAUCCUUUAACAGAUUCGUGAUUUGCAAAUGUUUCUCCCCACUCUGUGACCUGAACUCCUUUACUGUUGGGAAAACAAAC